AUCUAUGCAUUUUCUAAAAUCAGAGAAAAAGCUAUGCUGCUAUCUGCCAGGGUAAACAGUAGUUUAAGGCAGGACCAGAGAAUUACACCAUUGGGAUGAUGUACAGCAUCAAGGGCUGUCCACCAAUAAAUAAAGUAGGAACUUUUAGGCUGUGGACUGACAGGAAAAUCUAUGUGGAGUCAGAUUUCAGAGCUGGAGCACUGAAUUGCAGUGAGUCACACAGAGAGCCUGAGAGCUGCCUUUGUUCCACUUGUGUCUGAACGUUGGAGGAGAAACAGCAGGCUCCAGUUUUCAUUAACUUCUUAUUUUCAGAAGCAUAAAACUCAUGUUCACUGAACUUCUUCCCCACUUUACAUCGUCCAACUGACUUUCAAAAAAUGCUGUCAUGGCAUGCCUGGUGGACCUGGGACUUACUUCUUCUUCUCUUAGGCUUGUCAAUCCAUUCUGGUUCAGCAGCUGAGAUCAUAGAAGAACGAGGCUCAAAAGGAAGUCUUGAUCUCACAGAGUUAAUAGGAGUUCCACUCCCUCCUUCUGUCUACUUUGUCACCGGCUACGGAGGGUUUCCGGCAUACAGCUUUGGUAUAGAUGCCAACAUUGGUCGAUUGACAAGUGCUAUAAUACCACUGUCUUUCUAUAGAGACUUUGCUAUCGUAGUUACAGUGAAACCAAACAGCGAUCGUGGAGGAGUGCUAUUUGCAAUAACAGAUGCCUUCCAGAAAACAAUUUACUUGGGAAUGAGAAUUUCACCAGUCGAUGACAGCACCCAACGAAUAAUUAUGUACUACACAGAGCCUGGUUCCCGUAUCUCCCAAGAGGCUGCUUCAUUUAAAGUGCCAGUGAUGACUAACAAGUGGAAUAGGUUUACAGUGACUGUUCAGGGAAAUUAUAUUGCUUUGUUCAUGGACUGUGAAGAAUAUCAGAGAGUUCCAUUUCAGAGGUCAGCUGAAGCCUUGGUAUUUGAUUCUGACUCUGGGAUAUUUGUUGGUAAUGCAGGAGCCACGGGACUGGAUAAAUUCACAGGUUCAAUUCAACAUCUGACUAUCAGAUCUGACCCAAGAGCUACUGAAGACCAUUGUGAAGAUGAUGAUCCUUAUGCCUCGGGGGACAUGAGUGGCAAUGGCAGCAUUCAAGAACAUGAAAACAUUCCUGAGACACAAGAAGCCCUUUCACCUUCUCAUCUUCCCAUAAGGCUUGAAGAUACACUGGCCGAGCCAGUGGAAGCACCACCAACCAUAUUGUCUUUUUUGGAAGAAAGCAAUUUCUCGGGACAUCACAGAACAGAAGAAACCUCUGAAACAGCUAAAAUUAGAGAACAAGAUUCUGCUGUCAUGGAAACUGGACAAGGCAACAGUCAGUCUACCACUGUUACACAGAAAAUCUUAGGAGAAGAAGAUGCCUCUGGUUUUAGUGUUUUGCCAACAGAGAGCGGAGAGAAGAAAGGUCAGAAUGGAGAAGAUGGGCCCACAGGACCUCCAGGAAGGCCAGGAAUAGAAGAUGUGCAGAGAAAAGACCCAGGAUCUCCUGGACCUUCAGCAAAACAUGGUCCACCUGGUCUUCCUGGGCUUGAUGGAGUGGUUGGCCCACCAGGACAGAAGGGAGAAAAGGGUGAUAGAGGUCUUCCUGGCUCCAUUGGUCCAAAGGGUAGUACUGGAGACACUGGAUUAAUAGGCCCCAAAGGUGAAGCUGGUCCUCAUGGCUCUCCUGGGAAACAAGGACCCCCAGGACCCCCAGGGCCUCCUGGACCGCCUGGACCUCCUGGAUCCACAGGUCUAAGCUACAGUUCCGGAUUUGAGGACAUGGAGGGAUCAGGGAUCAUUGACUUGCUAGGUGAAUCCAGAAUUACAGGAUCAAGAGUGCCAAAGGGAGAAAGAGGAAAUAUUGGUCCACCAGGUUCAAAGGGACUGCCAGGUACAAAAGGAAAACCAGGCUUUCCUGGCAUUGAUGGACAUCCUGGAAAUAUGGGGCCAAAAGGGGAGAAGGGUGACCCAGGACCUCAGGGUGAACGAGGACAGGAUGGGAACAGUAUUGUGGGUCCACCUGGACCACCAGGACCACCAGGACCAAUCAUAGCAAUACCUGAGCUGCUACUCAAUGAUACAGAUGGAAUUUUUAAUUUUUCUUCAGUUGAAGAACUGGUCGGGCCUCCUGGUCCAGAUGGCAGGCCAGGUCUACCAGGAUUUCCUGGCCCUCAGGGACCAAAAGGUGAUAUUGGUUUGCCUGGACCAAAAGGACCCAAAGGCCAACAGGGUGAAAAGGGAGAACCAGGAGCUAUCAUUACUGCUGAUGGAUCUUUAACUGAAUUAUUAGGAAGAAAAGGGCAGAAGGGUGAAGCUGGAGUGGUGGGACCAGUGGGACCAAGGGGACCAAUAGGACCUGCUGGACCUAAAGGAGAACUUGGCUUCCCAGGACGACCAGGCCGCCCAGGACUCAAUGGACUAAGAGGUGUGAAAGGUGAACGAGGUGAAGCAUUAAAUGGCAUGCCUGGCUUGCCUGGACCCCCAGGGCCCCCUGGACGUCCAGGACGUAUAGUUUACAUCAAAGGAACAGUUUUCCCAGUAUCUCGCAGACCUCAUUGCAAGAUGACAGUGAGCGCUACUUACCCUGGGAAUGAAGAAGCUCUUAAUGUCCAAGGUGCUAAAGGAAACAGAGAUUGCUGGGGAUUGCAGUCCACUGGGAGUUCAGCAGACUUAAAAGGAGAAAAGGGAGACAGAGGUGAUCCAGGACCACCAGGUCCACCUCUACCUCCAUCAUAUUUCAGCCACUUUAUUAAUACACUGAAGGCUGAAAAAGGAGACAAUGGAAACACUGGUGUAAAAGGAGAAAAGGGAGAACCAAACAGAGGAUUUUACCUGACAGGACCUCCUGGACCACCUGGAAGACCAGGAUUAAUUGGACCAAAAGGGGACUCAGUUGUUGGACCCAGAGGACCUCCAGGGUUACCUGGCUUACCUGGACUACCAGGUUAUGGAAAAACUGGACCUCCUGGCCCGCCUGGCCCACCAGGACCACCAGGACCCCCUGCAAUAUAUGGCUCAGCAGCUGCAAUGCCUGGGCCACCAGGUCCUCCCGGAGAGCCAGGGCCACCUGUAAGCAGGAAUCUGAUUACAACAUUCCAAAACAUUGCGGGUAUGUUGGAAAAGGUUCAUUUCGUAGCAGAAGGUACGCUAAUCUAUCUGAGUGAAACCAGUGAGGUUUUUAUCCGUGUUCGGAAUGGAUGGAGAAAAUUGCAGCUUGGUGAGCUAAUUCCCAUCCCUGAUGACAGCCUUCCUCCUCCAGCCAUAUCAAGCCAUGGAUUUCAGUCUCUUCCGGCACCAAGUCCAAUAUCAAAUAUGAACAAUGGAAAGCCAGUACUGCAUCUGGUGGCUUUAAACUUGCCAUUUUCUGGUGACAUGAGAGCAGAUUUUCAGUGUUUUCAACAGGCCCAGCUAGCAGGUUUGACAGCUACUUAUAGAGCCUUUCUCUCAUCACAUUUGCAAGAUCUGGCCACAGUUGUCAGAAAAACAGACCGAUACAACUUACCAAUAGUCAAUCUUAAGGGAGAAAUGCUUUUCCACAACUGGGAAUCUAUAUUUAAAGGAAAUGGUGGAGAAUUCAACAUUAAUGUUCCAAUAUACUCCUUUGACGGGAGAAAUGUCAUGACAGACCCAUCCUGGCCUCAAAAAGUAAUAUGGCAUGGUUCAACUGCGAAUGGGAUCCGAAUGGUUAGCAACUACUGUGAAGCCUGGCACACAAGUGAUUUGGCAGCUAUGGGACAAGCAUCACCACUGAAGAAGGGAAAACUUCUCGAUCAGAAAGCAUAUAGCUGUAGCAAUCAGUUUAUUGUUCUCUGUAUUGAAAACAGUUUUGUAUCUGAUCCCCAAGGAAAAUAAUUCACCUGUUGCACAUAGUAUUCCAUCUUAUGACAGAAAAAGCUGACACUGAAAUUUUAUUUGUACUGAUGUAAAUAUUUUAUUUUUUGCAAUUGCACCUUUCAGGAAAAAAUAGCCAAAGAAAAUGUACCUCAACAUAAGCCAUAUUCCAGUUGGGUGAAAUAUCCCAUGUCACAUGAGGCUGACUUAAACCCUUCUUUCCACAUGAACCCCGCAUGGUUCAAGGUCUGCCAACACUUAACUCACAACCCCUUUUCUUUCUGUCUGAAGAUCAGUGAAAGUCUAGUGUGGUCUACAGGAAAGAUUCAGUAGCUUAUCUUAGAAGCAAUAAGGCUCAGCAAGGCUGAUGCUUCUUCAUAGUUGAGAAGCUGCAUGUUCUUUUUACUUGCAUAGGUUUUUGAACACUCAAGGCACUAUUUAAAUAUAUGUCUAUAUACAUGCUGUCCCCGAGUAAAUAAGGGGAUGCUGUUAAAACUUACAGGGAUGGAAUUGACAAAAAUUUUUAAGAACAAAGGUGCUCACCUUUUGGUCUCCGUGGAAGCUAAGUACCUACCUCCCAUAAGCUUUUAUAGAUUUCACCCUGGUUCUUAUACAUGAAUUUAGCAGCCUGACUGCUUACUUCCACUAUUUGCAGAUUCUAGGCAUAGGGCUUUAUGCAGGAGAACUGAAUCUCACCUAGACAAAAUCUGGUCCUUAUUUUGGUGCUAUCGUUAUCAGGAAAUCUGGAACAAUAUUAAUAGAAAACAUCCUGUUUUAACUGGCAGAACUUUGCAAAGUAUAUGCAGACAAACAAGCCAUCUGACCGUUAUUUAUUUUAUUGCAUGUUAGAGGAAGUCAUUUCCUGUUGUGGCAAGCAUUGCUGAAUGAAAAAUGUCUGUCAUCGUUUCUUUACAAUAGGUUCUAGAUAUUGUUAUCUCACUAAGUUACAUGUAAAAGUGAUUUUCCUUUUUGUGAAUUUUCCCUUCUGGCAUUCACGUAAUGAAGGAAUCGUUAAUAUAUAAUCACAGCAGCAAUGAUGGAAAUGACCUGUAAAUGCUAAUGUUCUUGACAAACAGUAUCACCACAAUAUCUUAAGUCUUUUGCCUACAUAUUUGUCUACUGCAUACUUUAAAAAAGAUAUUUUGUUGUAUUUUUUCUGGUGGUAACUAUGGAAUUCAAGAGCCAUGUUAUCAUUUUAAAAAAAUCUAAUCUAAAGUCUGUGUUUUAAGUACAUAAUACUCUUAUUUGUCAGCAAAUUAAUAAAUUACUAGAUAACUACUUUCAAAAGACAA